CCUCAGCGGGCGUUAAUGCGGGAUGAGCGAUCAAAAGAAGGAAGAAACUAUGCCUUCUGAGGGAGAAAAAUCUCCUGAGGCUGAGAACAACAAUAAGAAGAACAAAAUUGGAGCUUCUCAGGAUUCUCAGCCCUCCCCUCUGGCUCUGUUGGCAGCAACUUGCAGUAAAAUAGGAACUCCUGGUGAGAAUCAAUCAACUGGACAACAGAUUAUUAUAGAUCCAGGUCAGGGUUUGGUUCAGCUUCAGAGCCAACCACAGCAGUUAGAAUUAGUGACAACUCAACUUGCUGGAAAUGCUUGGCAACUUGUUGCAGCUCCUCCUGCUUCAAAAGAAAACAACAACCAGCAAAUAUCUUCUGUUGUUUCAACUGCAGGUACCUCCAAUAGCAACAAUGGAAAUGUAUCCCCCUCAAAAACUAAACCAAGCAAUUUUUCUGGAGUAACUCCAGGACAAUUUCAGGUUAUCCAAGUUCAGAAUUCAGGUGGUAGCAUUCAAUACCAAGUGAUUCCACAAAUUCAGACAACAGAAGGUCAACAAAUUCAGAUAAAUCCUGCUAAUGCCACAGCUCUGCAAGAUAUACAGAGUCAGAUUCAGCUUAUUCCUGCAGGGAAUAAUCAAGCUAUUAUCACAACUACAAAUAGGACAGCUUCUGGGAAUAUUAUUGCUCAGAAUUUGGCAAAUCAAACAGUGCCUAUUCAGAUUAGGCCUGGUGUUUCUAUUCCAUUGCAGCUACCUAUUGCUGGUACUCAAGCUCAAGUUGUAACUUCAUUGCCUAUAAAUAUUGGGGGAGUGACUCUAGCAUUACCUGUAAUAAAUGUUGCAGCAGGUACUAGUUCUGGACAAGUUGUCCAAUCCACUGAUAGUGGACUGUCCAAUGGAAACCAACUAUUGUCCACACCUGUUGCAACAACUUCUGUUAGUGCUAUGCCUGAAUCUUCUACUUCCACAUGCACAACUACAGCCUCCACAUCAUUAACAAGCACUGAAACAUUAGUUGCUCCUGGAGAAACAGGCCAGUAUGCAAGCACAGCAAACAGUUCUGAAACUAAUACUGAAGAAACUCAAACUACCACGUCUGAAACAGAGGCACAAAGUUCUAGUCAGCUUCAAUCCAAUGGAUUGCAAAAUAUGCAGGAUCAGUCAAAUUCACUGCAACAGGUUCAAAUAGUAGGCCAACCUAUUCUCCAGCAGAUCCAGAUCCAACAGCCUCAGCAGCAGAUCAUUCAAGCAAUUUCUCCACAGUCUUUCCAGCUUCAGUCAGGACAAACUAUUCAAGCUAUUCAGCAACAGUCAUUGCAAAAUGUUCAGCUGCAAGCAAUGAAUCCAACACAAGUACUCAUAAGAGCACCAACUUUAACCCCAUCAGGACAAAUCAGCUGGCAGACAGUUCAAGUCCAAAAUCUUCAAAGUCUUUCAAAUCUCCAAGUUCAAAAUGCUGGGCUACCCCAGCAAUUAACUAUUACCCCUGUAUCUUCAAGUGGUGGUACAAUUGCUCAGAUAGCACCAGUAGCUGUUGCUGGUACACCAAUAACACUUAAUGCUGCUCAGAUUGCUUCAGUGCCUAAUCUUCAAACAGUAAGUGUAGCCAACUUGGGUGCUGCAGGUGUUCAAGUACAAGGAGUGCCAGUCACUAUUACAAGUGUUGCAGGUCAACAACAAGGACAGGAUGGAGGAAUGAAAGUACAACAAGCAACAAUAGCUCCUGUAACUGUAGCAGUUGGAGGUAUAGCUAAUGCAGCAAUGGGUGCAGUUAGUCCUGAUCAAAUAACUCAAGUGCAGCUGCAACAAGCUCAGCAAGCAUCUGAUCAAGACAUGCAACCUGGCAAAAGAUUAAGAAGAGUUGCUUGUUCAUGUCCUAAUUGUAGAGAAGGGGAUGGAAGAAGCAGCAAUGAACCAGGAAAAAAGAAACAACAUAUCUGCCAUAUUGAAGGCUGUGGAAAAGUAUAUGGGAAAACAUCUCAUCUUCGGGCACAUCUUCGCUGGCAUACAGGGGAAAGGCCAUUUGUGUGCAAUUGGAUCUUCUGUGGGAAAAGAUUUACAAGAAGUGAUGAAUUGCAGAGACAUAGACGAACCCAUACAGGGGAGAAAAGAUUUGAAUGUCCAGAGUGUUCUAAAAGAUUUAUGCGAAGUGAUCAUCUCUCCAAGCAUGUCAAAACACAUCAGAACAAGAAGGGUGGAGGAACAGCCCUUGCUAUCGUUACCUCAGGUGAAUUGGACCCUUCAGUUACUGAGGUUCUUGGAUCUCCAAGGAUUGUCACAGUAGCAGCCAUUUCUCAAGAUUCAAAUCCAGCAACUCCAAAUGUUUCAGCAAACAUGGAGGAAUUCUGAAAUAAUGUUACAUAGAUGCCUAGAACUGCACUUAAGUUUACAUACUUUUCAAGAUAUGAAAGUGGGCUGAUAAAAGUGUAUUACAGAGCAGGAAAUCAUGUAUUCAGUCUUGAUUACUAUAAGUAUAUCAAGCUGGAAAAUUAGCAUAAAAAGUGUACUUUGUACAAUAAGACAACGUUAAGAAAG